AUGGCUGUCACCGCGGUAUUGCCUGGCGUCACUAUCAGCGUCGUCGCCGAAGACAGGGUCUUGCAGGAGUACCCGGACGUGGAAGUCAAGGACAACAAGAAGACGACGACUCGAUAUAUUGAGGCUGUCUCCGGACAGACAUUCAGUUUGGAGUUUGAAGUCACGAAGGAGACUCCCAUGCUCGGCACAUAUCUCGCCUUCCACGUCUUUGUAGAUGGCACUGAGGUCGAUGAGCUUGGACUGGACACCGGUUACAUUCGCUUGUACGGAGACAAAGGCAUAAGUCAGGGACGCUACUUGCAUGGAGGUCUACUACAGAGAUACUGCUUCACCGACCUCAACAUAGUAGAUCACAACGACCAUGUCAGCCAGGAUUUGAUGUCCAAGCUGAAAGAGCUUGGGACCAUAAGAAUCGAGGUUCAUCACAAGAAUAGGUCGUCCGUCCAUCUGCCGAGCGCCGGGUUCGACACGCUGUUACCCGCAACUGGCGCUGUUUCAGAGAAAGCUCUCAAAGGACAAUCAGUCAUGCAGGCUCGAUCUGUGGAGCACAUGAUGUCGCAUUCGGGAGCGCCUUCUUUGUUGAUCCCUCCAGGACACCAGCAGCAACGUUCCUCUUCUGCUACCGGCCGCGAGGUUGAGCUGAAGGAAGAGAUCAAAGUCAAACGAGAACAGAAAUCGGCCUCACCACCUCGCCGUUACGAAGAGUUUGAAGUCGGAACAGCCGAGAUGAAACUGAAGAUCAAAUUCAAACGAGAAGAGAAGGUGAACUCGCCACCUCGCCGGAAAGCCCGUCGUGGCACUCAUGUGACUGUGAUCGAGCUUGACGAUGAUGGCGAAAUAGUCAGCGAAACGACGCGGCCGAGGAAUGCGCCCAUAGACAUGUCAAAGUCCGUACCACUGGAGGAGUGA